GUUCAUAUUUUCCUCGAGCCGUGGCUCGGAUCGUUUGCGUUCUACAUCACGAUGUUUUCCAAUUUAAAAUCGACUUUCUAGAUAGUAUUUCCUUUCAGGCAAAUCUGAAACGCAUUCCGUAUGCAACCUGUGCGAUAAUAGUUUGUAAAUAUCGAAGAGAACCUGAUGAUCUCUCCCGUUCAUGUGACGAUAAGUCGUCAGAAUUUUCAUUUAAAGUCGCUCGUGUUCGCGUUAACGAAAGCGAUGUCCAACGUUGCUCUCUGUUGCGAUGAAUAACUAGAUAUAUUUAAUCGGAAAGAAAUACGAAAAAAAAAUAACACAGCUCCGUUUUCUCUAUACUUGUUUCUAACAAUCAGCUGACUUCCGGAACUAAUACGGAAGAAGAUUAAACCUAACGAUCAAAGACUGACACUUUCGAUUUUUUGUACCUUAAGCUUGUUCGAGCAUAAACUAAUGUUACACUACGCGUAAUCGUGAAACUGUUGGAAUAUAAUUCGAAGACGAGUUACUGCUCUCCUUUUAAAGAUAACAUGAAUUCUCAAGAAAAUACAAGCAAUAAUCAGAACAAAGCAGAGACAAGAAUGGAUGGAAAUUUGAAAAAAAAUGGUAAUCAACCAAUAGAACAGUCGUCUAAACUAUCUAAAGUUGUACAGAUUGAAAGCAAAUUAUGCGGAGAUCAACUGAAGUUAAAUAAUAAGUUAGGAGAGAACAGUGCCGAGAACAUUCUAUCUUCUAAAGGCUCAGUUGCAUUGGUUAAUGGUACAAGAACCCCACAAGCCACUACGUCCAGUUUUCAUAAUUCUAUGGAUCAAGAUACGAAUCAAGACACCAUGAAUACGAGCGUAUCUUCCAUAUUUUUAAAUACCAACAAUAUCAAGCCUCCAACUGUAAACACGACUGUUACAAGUCAAUUGAAGCAUAAGACUGUACUGAAUACGAGCACUUUAAAUUUGCCUAAGCCUCAAAUGCACUUAAAUGUAUCUUCCAGUCAAACUAACACAUGUUUAAAUCACACUUGUACGCCAGUCUCUUAUAACGACGGCGCUACAUCGAAUCCUAUUUUACACUUGAACAAUACACCAUCAGUUUCACCUAUAAUACAACCAAACUUAUUGGUGCCUAGACCUAGCGAGGAUAUCGAUAUGAAAAAUAAUGUAGAUUACAUUUCUGGAAUUGAAAAAUGUCCAUCAAAAGUAUCGUGUAGUUCAGACUCUAGUCCUGAAGUGGAUGGUGCCUGGGCAUCGAGAUCCUAUGGAUCUACGUGUGUACUGAAUAAUAUAGGAGGUAGUAUUGGCUCUACGAGUCAAGGAACAUGUUGUUUCUUAAGACCUAAUAUUAAUGGAAAUAGGGAAAUAGCAGGACCAAGCGGAUUACAGAAAAGUAUACAAAGAGAGCAAAGUGAAAGGAGAGAUUCAAGUUCCGGAAACGAGGGUGAUAUGUCGGAUGGAGAAGAUUAUUGUAUUUAUACAUAUAAAGGAAAUGACGAUGCAAUUCAUUUAGCCCAAAAGGAAGAAUUGCAUCAGGGACAAGCUGAAGAACGGGAAGAAGAAGGACAAUAUCAUAGCGGUAGAUCAAGUCCAGAGAUGGAUUUUUUAGAAAUGGACUUUGAUCCUGGGCCUUCUUGUGAGCAGGAUACAGGAGAUAGUGACUUGGCCUCUAUAAACGAAGACAUACAAAAUAUAGCAUUAGAUAACGUAGAUCCAGAUCCAGUAUUAAAUGACUUAAGUAGUGGUAAAGUUGUAUCUCGGCAAGGAAUUGCAACAAUGUCGCAACAUCCGAAACAGAGUGUGCAAAAUGUAGAUCAUGCAGGACAAUGUUCUAGUAGUCAAUCCAUACCAGAACCAAGUAUAAAGCCAAAUUAUCCCUCGUCGUGGAUGCCAAGUACUAGCAGAGGAACUGGAAGAUGGGAAACCGCAGGAUUAUAUCGUAAUAUAGGAUGUCCUUUACGAGAAUCGUAUGGAUAUCACAAUACGAGCGGAGACCUUAUUUCACCUGGAGACAACAGAGAUUCUGAUGCAGAAUUAUGGGCCGAAUCCUCAACAGCAUCUGUUUCGGAGAACUCAAACUUAAAUUCUAGAAGAGUUAAUCUUAGUUCGACUCUUUAUCACCGCAUGAUGGCGAAAAAGUUAAUGCUGAACAAGCAAGCUGCAUUUAAUCAGAGUGGCGACUCGAAUUUAGAAAACGAGUUAUGCAAUGAAAGAUUAGAUGGUCUUUUACCAGUUGAAAAAGUUAUGUUAUGGAGUGAACAAGAAGCUACAGUGAAACAAGUAACACAAAUUGGCACCUCUGCGUGUGGUGCUACUUCUGCAAUAAAUGCUUUGUUGGCUUUAAACGUGUCAUUUUCAUUGGAAACGUUAGUAAAAGGUGUAAAUACCAGACAAAGAGAACCAGGCACACCGUUACCACGAUAUUUAUUGAGUCGAUCUGUAGCUGGAUCAACGCAUAAAGAUUUGGCUCGUGGCAUAGCUUCAUGUACAAAUGGUUCAGUUAUCACAAAUUUUUUUGCAUUUUAUCCAGAAAGAAAAGUCUCCCUGUCUCAUUGGCUACAUUAUUGGAUUUCGAAGGGUGCCGUGCCUAUCGCAACGUUAAAUUUACAACAUUGCGGGGAAGGAUGUGAUAUACCAGAUGCUUGGCAUCAUCAAAUGAUAUUUGGUGUAGGACAAGCGGGAAUAUAUUUAACUAAUCCAUUAGAAUGUUUACCUGAACAGUAUGUUUGGCAUCAACUUGUAAGUCCUAGCAUCUUACUAGUACGGCGAGCGGAUGUUUUAGCUCAUUGGAAUGGUAACACGGAUCUAACACCACUCGCUACUAUGGAUCACACGUGGCGAAAGCUCAAUGUUCUCGGGCAAGUUGUAAAUAUGGUACGCGAAGCAAUGACUCAGAAACGACAGCUUAGUAAUGCAAGUGCUGGUACAACUCACAUUCGUAUUCCUGCAUCUUAUCAGGCUGGCAUUACAUUAGUUAUGUGUGCAGAUUCCGCUGCUGCUUCCGAAUUGUUACAUGCUGAACAAUUACCAUUACUCUAG